CCCUCCCCCUUUUUCAUCCGUCUCUCCGAAUCUCUUUAUUUUUCCCCCUCCCUCCCCCUCACCCUUGUUCUCGGUCUCUCUCUCUCUCUCUCUCUCUCUCUCUCUCUCCUUGUUGCUCGGUGUUGUUGAUCUGCACCAUGGCUUUGUUGCUUCUGCUCCUACGUUAAUCACAGCCUUAUCUCUCCAUUAUCGGACUUGACAUCUUCAUCUCUUCCUCUUUUACCUGUUGGGCUUCUGCUCUUUCUGUUCAUCAUGGAUCUGUCCUUCAUGGCAGCGCAGAUCCCCAUGAUGACGGGCGCCUUCAUGGACUCGUCUCCGAAUGACGAGUACAGCACGGAUCACUCGCUCUUCAACUCCUCGGCCAGUGUCGCUCUUCACCAGCAGGAGGCGCCGCAGAGGGUUUCCCGCGAUGCCAUCUGGCUCUGGAUCGCCAUUUCUGCCACCAUCGCAAACAUCGUGGUGGUCGGAAUCGUCUACGCCUGCACCUUCUGAAUUCAUGGACUUGGAGAAAUGAGCGCAGGUUUACACGAAACAACUUUACAACCGGAAUUGGUUUUCUAUUCUCCUCUCUCUGUGUGUCUCUCUCUGUUAUUUUAUUUUUUUAUUUUAAACAUAAAUCACAAUAAUAUUU